AUGUGCAGUAACAUGGGUAAAGCUUUAAGCAAGAGUGCUAACUCCAACAAUCACAAGAAUAUUUAUAGGGAAGUGAGAAGAUUUUCAUGCAGUGAAACUGGGCAUAACGUUGACCAUGACUCAAGUCUUAUGAAACAUCAGGGACCUCAGUCUUCAGACAACGAUUUUAAAAGUAAUAAAUAUAUGAAUAUAUUUUAUCAAAGAUUGCAUCUUUCUCUAUAUAAGAGUGUUCACAUUGGAAAGAAUACUUAUGAUUGUGGUGUGUAUGGGAAAGUUUUAAAUCAAUCUUUAAAACUUAUUCAACAGUAG